UCUUCUUUCGCUCCCGAUUCCCGACAACGUUUUUCCCGCCGUUGUCACUGCUCUCCUCUUUCCGACCGCCACGUCGCCCACUUAUCAGCUAAGGGGAGGUAAGCCCUAGUUCGCAGCCGCCAACAGAGGUACAGGUUGCGUCGAAGGUGUACGAGAUCCGGCCGGCAACGGGUGUUCUCGCCGGAGGCUGGAGCUCGCCGCCCUCCUUACGAGCGGUUUCCGUAGCUUCAAAUCGCGGCGAGCGAGGCCUCCACAGUGGCAUAGUUGCUGUUCCCAAGAUAUUAAUUUGACAUGUCAUCCAAAAGUAAAUCAAUGGAAGCUGAGGCCACUGGAAGCCUUUGUGAAGGCAAGUACGAUUCUGAUAGCAAUUCCGAGGGCUUUGUUGAUGACACAGUCGAUGAUGAAUGUUGCUAUGACUCUGAAAACAUACCCAAUUUACAAUUCAGGAAAGACGUGUCAAAGGCGCGAUGGAUAGAAGAGAUGGGAAUGGCUGAGUUGGUAGAGAAAAGAGGUAAAAUGUGGACCACAACUGGGAUAGUUCGUGAUGGAAAGACGUACUGUAUGAUUGAAGAAACAUUGUUUUUGGCAGAGAUUGGUGCAUUAGAUAUCAUGAACAGUGAAGAUGAGCCCAUUUCUCUAAGCAAUAUGUAUGAGAAGAUAGCAGGGGACAUGAACAAGAACAGAUGCUCUUGGGAGUCUUUUGAAGCCUACCGGCACUUGAAGCUUCUAGGUUACGUGGUGCGCCGUCAUGCUGUCCCUUGGUGCAUGAAGAAUGUAAAAUUACAAGAUGGGGCUCGAGAAAGUACAACGAAACUCGAUAACAUUCAAGAUGAGGGACCAGUAGACAACCAGGAUAUCACGAAUAUGUUUGAUAAGUUGCAUUUCUAUGAAACAGGACCAAUAUUUGACGUUUAUCCUCCUAAUAGCAAGUUUAGAAAAUCCUCUCCAGGAAAUCCAUCUUUCGUGCUCUGCCUUACAGGGGACCAUCCACCAUCCAAACGAGAAAUCGAAGAACUUGAGGCACGUUGCAAUGGAAUUCCCCUGAAGUUCUGUGUUGUUGAGCACGGACGGGUUAGUUUCAUGUCCUUCACCAAAGUCGUGCUACCUGUCCUCCCAUGAUGUUUCUUUCAGACAGCUCGAAUGUUGCCCUUGCGGCCUUGCCUGUAGCAACUCUUUCUUUUGGGAAAAUAAUAUGAAAAAGCUACUGUUAUGAAUUCUUAUUGACAACUGACAAGGAAAACCAUCAUAUUUUCUAUAAUUAAAUAGAUUUAUUACUGGUACAGGCUGCUGCAAAUAGCCAAAGCUAAACUAUACAUCCCAUGAGAGCACCAAUCAUUUAUUUAGGUACGUAAACUACACAUAUCACAACCUUAUAAAGUUAAAUCUCCUGAAUAAAUUAUACUUUUAUCUCAAGGUAAAAGGCAUAUCAAUCAAUUGUCAAUUAUUUAUUCUUUAACACCUCAAUUAUUGCACAUUGUAAACAGCAUUUUCCUAUGCAAAUCACCAAUAUCUUAAACGUUGUAUUGUACACCCAGUAAGUACACUACCAAAUUCUCAAAACCCUCUCAAAUUUCCCCUUCUUCUGCUUGCCUGCUGAUAUGAGCAAUAAACGAGUCCAUUUCGAGCCUCGACGACCCACCCUCAUUCGCCGCUUCCCGAACCAUCUUCCCGACCUCCUCCGCUCUCCUCCUCACCCUCUCCCCUUCCCCAGGCCCCAUCAACCUCCUCACUGCAUCCUCCACAGCCUCGGCCCGUACCAGCCCAGCCUGUCCGGCCCACUCCAUGACCACAAUCCCCAUCCCCAAAACCCUCACCAACAGCGCCGUGUUCGCGGGCUGGUCCGAAUGCAUGGGCCACGCGGCCACGGGCACUCCCGCCACGAUGCUCUCGACGCACGAGUUCCACCCGCAGUGGCUCACGAACCCGCCCACCGCCCCGUGGGCCAGUAUCCAGGGUUGCGGGGCCCACCCCCUCAUCACCAUCCCCCUUCCUUCAACCCUCUCCUCGAAACCCUCCGGCGGGCUGGGCCUCCGGCCCGUCCCGCCAAACACGUCGCACGUGUCGGCGUCCCUGACGACCCACAAGAACUUAGCCCCGCUCCUCUCGAGCCCGACCGCAAUCUCCCCCAACUGCUCGUCGGUUAGGGAAACCGUGGUGCCGAACGAGACGUACACGACCGACUUGGGCUCGUGCCGGUCGAGCCACCUCAGGCACUCGUUUCGCUCUUCGGCUUCGUCUUCGGCCCGAGGCGAAAGCACGGCCGGGAGCAUGGGCCCCACGGCCCACGACUUCCUCUUCUUCGCCUUACCCGAGAUUUCCUCGUGCUCGAGUAUGUCGAGGUAGGGCGCCUCGAGUAGCCGGCACGUGUUGUAGAUGUCUCCCGACCGGCGGUCAAGGUGGUCCGUCUGGAGGGACACGAAGCGGUUAACCUCCUCUGGCAUGCACCGUUCGAAUAAAGGGAGCUCCUUUGGGUACUCGACCGAGACGGGUUUGGCGAGGCUCGGCCAGAGGAACGAGAUAUGGGAUGCCGCGCUUAUGCAGUUGAAAAUGUAUGACUCGGCGUUGGGGACCGAGUCGACGUCUUGGACGACGAAAGCCAUCAUGGGGUCGUGGAUUACGACGACGCGUUUGAAUUUCUUGGACAAGUCGAGCAAGAAGGCAGAGAAGGGUUCGCGGAGAGUUAGCGAGGCGUACCAAGCGGGUAGGAGUUGGGUGGGGAACUUGUAGGGCAAGUCAGGGUUGGGUGGUGGGGAGUCGACGUGUGGAGUAGGGAUGUCGUGGAAGUGGAUUUUUGGGAGGUCGAGGGGGUUGAGCCCGUUGGCUCGGGAACGCGCUUGGCGGGAAAAGACGGGUGGGGCAACGUAGUAGACAGGGAUGCCGUAGGAGGAGACGAGGCACGAGAGUUGGAGGAGUUGGUUGAGGUGGCCUUGGGCCGGGAAAGGAACAGUGAUGGCGGCGACGUGGUGGUGGUCGAGCGAGGCGUGGUGGUUCGUGGUGGUGGUGGUGGUGGAGGGUUGGGUUUGGUUUUGAGGGUUGGUUAUGAGGGUGGCCAUGAGGGAGGUGUUUGAGGUGUGUGUAGUAUCAAGUAUAUGAGGUAUGGAGGGUUAUUUCAUCUUUGUGGAGUGGAGAAAGAAGAUACAUGGAGGGUGUGUGUGAAAUUGACAAAUUUGCACUCAAGAUCUUCUGUAGUGUGUUAUAUAGAGGGGUGUAUGUGUGUCAAAUUUCCAGAUUUGCACACAUCUUGGUGAUCUUUAUAUAGUGUCAGUGUGGAAUUUGGGUGUCCAUAUAUAUAUAUAGCUAUAUAAAAUAACAAAAAACUUGAGGAUUACCUUCGUUUAUGGCAAAAAUGACAAAGAAAGCUUGUG